GGCAAGCGCAGAGACAGAGAAAAUGGGGAAGGAAGUUUCAGAGUCUUGUGUAGAGAGUCUUCUGACAGAGAUCGUCUCUUCGUAUUGCAAUUGCUUAUAUGUUAAUAAGCCUGAUCUUGCCGCUCGAAGGAUCGAGGCAAUUGGUUAUCAGGUCGGCCACCAGCUCUCCGAGAGAUACACAAUGGAACGUCCACGAUUCAAUGACCAUCUAGAAGCUAUAAAGUUUAUUUGCAAGGAUUUCUGGCCUGAGAUCUUUAAGAAGCAGAUAGAUAAUUUAAAGACAAAUCACAGGGGUACCUUUGUUUUACAAGACAAUAAGUUUAGAAUGCUUACACGUAUGUCCAUCAAUCAACCGACUGGAAUUGUUGGUUCAGCUCAAGAUCCUUCUACAAUGGCUGAGAAUAAGUCAACUCAGAUGACCGGAAUGUUUCUUUACUUUCCAUGUGGAAUCAUUCGGGGCGCGCUUUCAAAUUUGGGAAUCCAAUGUGCGGUUUCUACAGAUAUUUCCAAUCUUCCUGCAUGUUCGUUUGUUAUACGUAUUAAGGCCUGAAAAAGGUUCAACUGAAGAAGCCAGAACGAAUUACAGAUAUACAGAAUUUGUUCUACUGCUACUAAUUACUGCUUUCUAUGUAUUGUAAUGGACAACACAAUAUAUACCUUUAGCUUUACUCCUUUCGUUAGGCUAUAUUGAGCAUUUUAUAAAAGCUAUAUUAUUAAAAAAUGUCAAAUAAAAUGUGAGUAAUUUUAUUUGUA